UCUGUAGAGGCAGAAUAUGCUGCUCUGUGCUUUCAAUCAGCCGGGGGCCGCCUACAAUGGAAAUGUGACAACAGGGGGAACUGAUCCCUGGCGAGCCGAUGUAGAAAAACCUAAGUACGAGAAGGUGUCUCAAUUUCACAUCAGUGCGGAACUCCCACGUCACCUGAUGCGUUUAUAUCGAACACUUCGAUAAAAGUGCAACCCAAGAGGCAGCAGUAGAUGUGUGGGCUGUGGUGUGUCCAGCAUGAAGAGAGCGGGGCGGCCGGCCGUCUCUAAGGCUCCCGCCACCAGCCCUGCCGCCAAAGGCCCUGCUAAGUCUUCCAGCUCCACUGCUGCUGCUGCUGCUCCUGCUGCCACGGCUACUCUGGACAAGGCGAAGAGUCCUGAUGAUCUGUCGGCACCCAUGGCAGGGGGUGCUCCAGCAGCUAACGGCACCGUUGCCAAGGUGAAGAAGAGCAGCGGUGCUCUCCCGGCCGCAUCAGGGAGCAACGCCGAGAACAAGGCCAAAGCCCAACCCGGUUCUUCCCGACGGGCCUCCUCCUCCGCCUCCAAGGAGCCCGGCUCGACCCGGGAGCGGCUGCGGACCUCACGCGCCGCUGCAGGGAAGAAGACGGGCUCGGGUGGGCCGGAUGGGGCCCAGCCCAAGCGCUCGCGGGCCCAGACCCUAGCGACGGACGCAGAGGGCCGCAUGAGCAAGUCCAAGUCGGACGGUCAGCUGAGCGAGCGAUCGGCGCUGGAGACGCGUGUGAAGGACCUCCUGGGCGUGGCCCGGGGGAAGGACGUGGAGAUCCUGCAGCUGCGGAGUGAGCUGAAGGAGCUGCGUCUGCAGCUGGGCCUCCCCGAGGAGGAGGAGGAGGAAGAGGAGGAGGAGCAGGAGGAGGAGACUACGCCGACGCCGCAGCAGCAGAGGGAGGCGCAGGCCGCCAUCAGCGCCGCCGACGUGGAGUCCACGCUGCUCCUCUUGCAAGAGCAGAACCGAGCCAUCCGGAGCGAACUCAACCUGCUGAAGAGCGAGAACCGCAUGCUGAAGGACCGACUCAACGCCCUGGGGUUCUCCUUGGAGCAACGCCUGGACGGCGGAGGGGGCAGCACGGGCAGCAGGGUCCCCUCGGUCGACGCUCUCGGCUUCACGCUGGACGGCGCCGACAAGCUGUUCCACUACCCCUCCCUCAGCCCUGACCCCGCCUCCUCGGGCAGUGGCGGUGCCGGAUUGGCCUCUUCUGCGGAAGGCUCCGCCCCGGGCUCCAUGGAGGACCUGCUAACAGGCCAACAGCGAAGCGGCUCCGUGGACAACCUGGACAGCGAGUCCAGCGAGGUGUAUCAGGGGGUCACGUCCAGUGAUGAUGCCCUGGAUGCGCCAUCAGGCUCGUCGUCGUCCUCUGAGUCGGAGGGUGCCUCGGGGCCGGAACGCUCGCGGAAGGGCAGUAGUGGCGGCAGCGAGGUGUCCGUGGCCUGCCUGACGGAGCGCAUCCACCAGAUGGAAGAGAACCAGCACAGCACCUCCGAGGAGCUACAGGCCACCCUGCAGGAGCUCGCCGACCUGCAGCAGAUCACGCAGGAGCUCAACGGAGAGAACGAGCGCCUCGGCGAGGAGAAGGUGCUGCUGAUGGACUCGUUGUGCCAGCAGAGUGAUAAGCUGGAGUCAUGCGGCCGUCAGAUUGAGUACCUGCGCUCCCUGCUGGACGAGCACUGCGUGGUGUACUCGGUGGACGAGGACAUCAAGAGCGGGCGCUACAUGGAGCUGGAGCAGCGGUACGUGGAGAACGCGGAGAACGCCCGCUUCGAGCGCGAGCAGCUGCUCGGCGUGCAGCAGCACCUCAGCAACACGCUCAAGAUGGCCGAACAGGACAACGCAGAGGCCCAGGGCGUUAUACAGGCCCUGAAGGAGCGUAACCACCACAUGGAGCGGGUGGUGGAGCAGGAGCGGGAGGGGCGUGUUGCCAUGGCGGCGGCGCUGGAGGAGUGUAAGGUGGCGGUGAGCGGCGAGCAGGCGGAGCUGAGCCGCUGCCGCACGCAGCUGGAGCAAGAGCGGCAGAAGGUGGCCGAGCUCUACUCCCUCCACAGCAACGGAGACCGCAGCCACAUCCACCAGCUGCUGGAGAACGCCCGCCUAGACAAGGAGCAGGCUCAGCGCCGAGCCGGCACGCUGCAAGACCAGCUCACACACACACGCACGGAAGUCAGCCGCCUGCAGGACACACUCAACAAGCUGGAUGGCGAGUACCGUGAGUUCCAGGGCCAGGUGCAGCAGGAGCUGUCGGAGCAGAAGCGGGCGCUGGAACUGCAGAGGGGCGUUCUGCAGGAGCGCGACGCCCAGAUCAGCGACAUGAAGGACACCAUCUUUGAGUUGGAGGACGAGGUGGAGCAGCACCGCGCCGUCAAGCUCCACGACAACCUCAUCAUUUCCGAGCUCGAGAACUCUGUAAAGAAGCUGCAGGACCAGAAGCACCUCAUGGAGCGAGAGAUUAAGAUCCUUCACCGUCGCCUGAGAGAGGAGUCUGCUGAGUGGCGGCAGUUCCAGGCAGACCUGCAGACUGCGGUGGUCAUCGCUAAUGACAUCAAGUCGGAGGCGCAGGAAGAGAUCGGGGAUCUACGCCGCCGCCUGCAGGAGGCACUGGAGAAGAACGACAAACUCGGCAAAGAGCUUGAGGAGGUCAAAAACCGCAAGCAUGAGGAGGAGCGUGGGCGUGUGUAUAACUACAUGAAUGCGGUGGAGAGGGAUCUGGCCGCGCUGAGGCAGGGGAUGGGCCUGAGCCGCCGCUCGUCCACCUCCUCAGAGCCCUCCCCCACCGUCAAAACACUCAUCAAGAGCUUUGACAGCGCCUCGCAAGUCUGCACUCCCCCUCCCUCCCCCACAGGUCCCGGCCCCAACUCUGCUGCCGCUGCUGCUGCUGCUGUUGCCGUGGCUGCAGCAAGUACCGUUCCCACGCCAACGACCAACACACUGCCCCGCACUCCACUCAGCUCCAGUCCCAUGAAAACACCACCUGCAGCCGCCGUCUCGCCCAUACAGAGACACUCCAUGGGAAAUUCUGUAGUUGCAGCCAAGCCUCUCUCCGACAAGAGACCCAGCUACACGGACAUCACCAUGCCCACUGAUCAUCUGUUGCGGGCAGCAUCCAGUGGUCGUCCAGCCCCGGUUCUUCAGAGAGUCUCAAACUUGGACUCAUCCAAAGCCAUCUCAGUCUCUCGUAGGAGCAGUGAAGAGGUUUCAACUCCUGAGGGAAGUUCUGGCUCUUCCCUGAUGGCUGCCACUCCUCUCAGCCUCAGCUCACCCUCACCCACAGCACGCAGCAGACUCCGAGAGGAGCGGAAGGACCCAUUAUCUGCCCUGGCUCGAGAGUACGGGGGUUCCAAGAGAAAUGCUCUGUUGCGGUGGUGUCAGAAGAAGACAGAGGGAUACCAGAACAUUGACAUCACUAACUUCAGCAGCAGCUGGAACGAUGGCUUGGCUUUCUGCGCUGUCCUCCACACCUACCUGCCUGCACACAUCCCCUACCAUGAGCUCAACAGCCAGGACAAGAGACGGAACCUCACCUUAGCCUUCCAGGCAGCAGAGAGUGUGGGCAUCAAGUCCACUCUGGAUAUUAAUGAGAUGGUUCACACGGAGCGACCGGACUGGCAGAGUGUUAUGACCUACGUCACAGCCAUCUACAAAUACUUUGAGACAUAAGCUUACCUUCCUCCUUCACGUCUCCAUAGAAACUACAGUCCGCUGUCUGUCCAUGUCCGCUGACCUCGCUGAACCAAAUAGACACAACAUGUACCAGUUCCCAGGUUUACCUCUGCAGUCCCCUGCACAGCACCAACACAGUGUUACCCCUACACAUCAGAUCUGAAGAACCCCAACAGACCAUCUUCUAAGAACCCCAACAGACCAUCUUCUAAGAACCCCAACAGACCAUCUUCUAAGAACCCCAACAGACCAUCUUCUAAGAACCCCAAGAGACCCAUCUCUCUAGAACCCCAACAGACCAUCUCCGAAGAACCCCAACAGACCAUCUCCGAAGAACCCCAACAGACCCAUCUCUCUAGAACCCCAACAGACCAUCUCUCUAGAACCCCAACAGACCAUCUCUCUUGAACCUCACCACCUUAUCACAUCAACAGAUCAACUAUCCAGAACCUCAACACCUCAUUACCCCAAAAUAGCAACUCCAGCUUCAACUCCCUGCAUCUCUUGAACUCCUGAGCUAACCCAUUCAGCUACAUAGGGGCCCUAAACCCGACCCAUUCAGCUACACAGGGGCCCUAACCCAUUCAGCUACAUAGGGGCCCUAAACCCGACCCAUUCAGCUACACAGGGGCCCUAACCCAUUCAGCUACACAGGGGCCCUAAACCCGACCCAUUCAGCUACACAGGGGCCCUAACCCAUUCAGCUACAUAGGAGCCUUAACCCAAACCCAUUCAGCUACACAGGGGCCCUAACCCAUUCAGCUACAUAGGGGCCCUAACCCAUUCAGCUACGUAGGAGCCUUAACCCAAACCCAUUCAGCUACACAGGGGCCCUAACCCAUUCAGCUACAUAGGGGCCCUAACCCAUUCAGCUACAUAGGGGCCUUAACCCAAACCCAUUCAGCUACAUAGGGGCCCUAACCCAUUCAGCUACAUGGGGGCCUUAACCCAAACCCAUUCAGCCAUGUAACCUGAGUUGUGUUGAACCGCGCAGUUCAGCCCUGCACUCGAACCCGCAAACAGCAGCACCUCGGAUCGGGAGUCGAGUGUGCUUGCAAUCGAGCUAAAAGCCCAGGCUGCUAGCUCUCUUACUAGCGCGUCUCUUAAGGCGUUGGGAUGGAGGUUUACACAGCGUACAUACUGCACAGCUACGUACCAGCUGGCUCGAGUGCAGGGCUGAGCCGCGCUGUUGAACACAAGGCAGGUUGCAUUGAUGCCGUGACCAGGGGGGCCCUCACCUUAACCCAUUCCGCUGCAUGGAAGCCCUAACUCAAACCCAUUCAGCUGCAGAUCAGGUCCUUCAAUGUGGAAGGCCUGGGACUUGUGAGACGUUACUGUGAAGUUGCCAGUAUGACUUUAACCCUAAGCUAAGCUCUAAGCUCCAUGGUGGAUGCGGCAGUCAGCUCUGCCGCGACUGCGGAGGGAAGUUGGCCGACGUGGAAUAGAACACCGGGCCCAUCUGAAGGGGAUCUCGCGUUCACCUGUGGCCGUCACAGGAGCGUGAAGAACACCUGCGUACAGCUCAGUCUGCAUAUGCAGCACAAUACAAAGCUCUGCUUUCAUCAGGACACAGCACUGCACUAUAUGGAACUCUAAAAGGCUUCCUGUGCACAGGAGCAUCAUUUAGUGGAUUUGUACUCGUUUGUAUUUUGAGCACAAACUGGAGCUGGCUUAUUUUGAAGGAGAGAGACUGACUUUAGCCUGUUAAGCCUUUGACUACAUUCCAGUGCCUAUCAUGCACACCUUCAAUGAACAGUAACACUAAUGAAUGAAAUAGUGAAGUGCAUAUUUAAGGUGCCUUGGGUAACACUGAUGUGCUCAUUUUAAACCUGUUGAGGAGUGAAUUAUUUUCCUGGUUCCUUCUAGAAUUCUACGCAAAGAUCUACAGUUUCAGUGUUCUUUAUACAGUUUAUGGGGGAAAUCUCUGGGUAAUUGUCGCAUCAGAAUGCGGAACUCUCGGUUCGCGAACAUUCUAAUCACAUAUUUGUGACCGUACUCCUCAACAGGUUAAAGGUGCCUCAGAUCACACUCUGAUACUCAUUCUCGUAGUGUUAAGGUAAAUUGAGUAUCUGUCCAUUCAGUAGAUCCAUCACAGACUAUGAGCCUGUUAUGCAUGAAGGAGGGACAUUCACCCAGCGUAACUUACACAACAUCCUAAGCACUCUAAUGCCGCAUUCCAGUUGUCUCGUAACACGAGUAGUGAUUCGGAAUGUCACAUCCGUGUAAAAACCGAGGCUGGUUGCGUUCCAGAUGUCAACAAAGUCGUGAGAAUAAAAUGCUAUCGUUUAGCAAUGGUCUGGUGUUAGCAGUUGUUACCAGAUAUAGCACACAUUUACACAAACGAACAUCAUAGCAACAGAUAGAGAUUGGACACUAUUGUUUCUAUGACUGAUUAAAUGAGACAAAGACAGAACUGCUAAUAAACAGUGCAUAUCUACGUUCUCAUUAAUGGGCGCAGCCAUUUUGGAAUUUCAAAUUUUGGUACUCUGGGCUCGAAAGAGCCAGCGAGUCGGGAUGCAACUUCAGGGGAUGUUCAAUUUUCAACUUUCGUUUAAUAACUCGGGAAACAACUCUGACCGACUGAACAACUCUGCAGACAAAUGGAAUGAGGCAUAAGGCCAAUCGCCCAGCAUACAGUGAUGCAAGAAAGUUUUAUCUUUGGGAUUCCUGGAAAUCUGCAUAAAUUUGACGUAAAUUUUGUACAUUGUACAUUACAUUAGAAUAGUUUUGUUAGCAGUAGAAUAAUUAUUCACAAAAAAUGUUGACCAAAAAGUAACCAAUAAGUCAACAGUAAAUGCCCUUGGUGGGAAAGAGUGUGUAAACAACUUGAACAAUCGCACAAUUUGUUGAUCAAUGUCACACCAGUUAGGACUAGGAGGAAUUUUGGCAUUUUCCUCUGCACACAAGUAUUCCAGCUAGCCUCAGCUAUGUCAAAAAUAACACAUUUUUGUGAAUACAAAUUCAUUUUGGCUUCUUCCAGUAAUUUGGAUGAUUUAAAUGAAGACCUGAAUACAUUAGGUCAUAUUUAUGGAGUUUUUCAGAAAUGUCAGGUCCAUAAACUUUUUUUAUGAACUGUAUUUAACACUGUUACGCAUGCCGCACUCUAAGCAUCCUUUUAGCCAGGCACCAAGUAUAGCUAACUAUUAGCCAGGCACCCAGUAUAGCUAACUUUUUUAACCAGGCACCCAGUAUAGCUAACUCUACAGCUUGUGCAGUACCCUAAUCAUCCUAAGAGUCAGUGUAAAACAAUUGUAAAACAAUCAUGUACACUUCUGCCUGCACACCUCUUCUCUCUGAAAGGCAUUCCACCAUGUGUUAUUUCACCUUUGCUUUCUGAACCUCUUGACUCGCAUCUUGAUUAAGGUUUCAGGAAUAAUUCCUUCAUGUUUUUGUAUAGGACACUCCUUUUCCAUGACUGGUCACUAAAAAGCAGGCCUUUUUAGUUAGCUGAGAUAAAAGUCAGGUUUCAUUUCCUCAUUUCUUUGUGUGAAUUUCAUGAGAAUAUUCCUGUGGGGCCAUGUUGGCUAGGCCAACUUGCCAGGUUGUCCGUGUGUGGACAGUUUAAAUCAGUGAGAGACAUGCUAUUUGCAUUUUUGCUCUUGUGUACUUGUGCCUUAAUGCUUCACCCCUGAGACAUUCUUGUGACCUUGACCUUGUGACCUCAUGACCUUCUCUGUGUAUUCAUGUGUGUUUGAGCAUGGUGCCCAACAAUGUUUUAUGACCACAGUCACACUCUUUCAUUAAAUAUAAGUUUCCUUCAGACGCCAUGGAGGUGUAUGCGUGUAUGUUAAAGACCAUCACUGGCUUCUAGCUGCCCCUGAUCAUCUGAGCAUGCCCCGUAGACUAAAGAAUAGCUCGUUAUCUAGACCUGAAGCUAGGUUGGGCAUUUGUCUAAAUGAGGUAGUCUCUGUCUCAGCUCCGAUUCUCUCCGGCACCCAAACAAAGCUGCCGUUGUUCUGGAAGUGUGCAGUGUGGAAGCCAGUUGUGUUCUGAAUGACAUACAGCUGUCCUGUGGCUGGCUGGAGUUGUCACUUCUUAAAUGCUAUGUGUCAACACAUGCCAAGUUGAUAAUUCAUUCUGCUCAGUGAAGGUGCCAUCAUCGUUAUUUACAUGCUGUGAAAGGAAGAGCUAUGCCAGUUACUCAAGUUAAUACUCACACUUUACGUACUUCAUCCUCAUUACAUGACCAUUGCUGAAAUACAAAAUCUUCCUGCUUGCGUUGCAUUUUACCAGGCUAAGGUUACUAUCCUUAAUGGUAAUGGAAGUCACUUAUACUUAACAUUACCUUACAUUUCACAUACUCUUAAACUGCAUAGUGAGGCUGAGUAGUCGGAUGUGAGGUGAACAGUGUCACAGUCUGUCAAACAUUUAACAGAAUGCAGAUUUUGUUGUCUCAUUUAACUUUACCUGAUGGCAAAGACAGCCUGCCAAAAAUAAAUGCAAAAACAAUCGAGCAAUUAUGCACCAAAUUCGUACAAGAUCUAUUGCAGGGGGUCGCCAACCUUUUUUCCUCUGAGAGCUACUUUGACAAAAUGGACAUGGCCGAGAGCUUUUUUUCCUCCGAGAGCUACUUUGACAAAAUGGACAUGGCCGAGAGCUUUUUUUCCUCCGAGAGCUACUUUGACAAAAUGGACAUGGCCGAGAGCUUUUUUUCCUCUGAGAGCUACUUUGAGGAAAUGGACAUGGCCGAGGGUCUUUGUUAUAGUAGCAUGCUAUGUAUUCACAUAGCUGAUCUCCACCCAAAACCGCUGAAUAAGAUUUAUAUGCUUUUUAAAGGUUCCUUUCAACUCAUUUACCUUCUCUCUUUGUAUACUGUGAAUUUGAUUUCAUAGGAAUUUUAAGGAAUUUUUAAUGUUUCCCAAGGGUUAUCAGAUUUAUGAACAUCUUCCUCAAACUUUUUGGAGAGCUACUUAAAAACAGGUGGGGAGCUACCUGUUGGAGACCCCUGACCUAUUGUUUGGUAAGCAUGAAGGAAGUAUGUAUCCUUCAACCUCAUAUCUUAUGAAUGGAGUUAUGGAGCUUUGGCUGUUAUCAACUGUUGCUGGACUCGUGCAUGGUGAAUGUGCUUCUGAAUGUGUGUACUGCAGCUCAUAAACAAAUGUUACCAUGUAUGCUCAAGACACACAGAUGCCAUUCUCUUUCAGGCCACCCAGAGGUACUGUAGUUGCUCUCUCGUAAAUAUGUUAGACAACAUCAACUAAGACCCCUUUUCCUUAAUGUUUGAUUACUUUGACAGUGACCAGACUUUGACCUGAGUUGUGGACACAAUGCUUUCACUCUCAUCGCUUGGAUGCAUGGCCAUUGGGCUUCCAGCCACACAGAAAUAAUUGAUGCUUUCCUUUAAGCCUUCAUCCUCAUGGCCUUCUGCUUCAGGAGAAAGAACAGACUCCUCUUUUACAUAUGAUGUGUUUGUUUGUUUUUAUAAUUAAAUCUAUUUUGAAGAAUAGAUCAAAUGUCCCUUGCUGAUCAAGAGGGCAAAAGUAUUGUUGACUAUCAAGGUCACUUGGAGCCACCCCUGACAGUUUAUUGAUGGAGUGUAUUAUGUCUAUAUUUAUAUUGGUUAGCAAUAUUAAAAAACUGC